AUGCGUUUACACGAGACGUUGUCCUUGGCUGCACUGUCGGCAACUCUACAUACUGCGUUCGCUCAGAAGGUGGUCGACCUGACUGGCGAUGGCUGGACAGUGAGCAGCAAGGCCUUGAAUAUAUCAGUUCCGGGAAGACUCCCUUCGCAGGUGCAUCUCGACCUCUUUGCUGCAAAGGCUAUUGGUAUGUUCCGGUUGCAAGAAUCGGAAACUCACCUAACAUCGCACAGGUACCACGGUCUAAACGACUUUAAUCAACGUUGGAUCUGUAACAACAAUUGGACAUAUACAAGCCAUCCUCUUCGUGAUUUGUCUACGAAAGCCAAAUCAUCUUGGCUUGUCUUCAAUGGCCUAGAUACCUUCACCACGAUCGAAGUGUGUGGGCAAAUAGUCGGCACAACCGACAACCAGUUCCGUCAAUACACCUUUGACAUUUCCAAGGCUCUUGAGAACUGCAAGGGAGAUCCAACUUUGGACUUGAACUUUGGCAGCGCUCCCAAGAUCGCAAAUGCGAUUGCUGAUGACCCAAACUCUGAAAAAUGGCCAUAUGGCCCACAGCAAGUCUACGAAUUCCCAAAUCGAUGGUAUAUCCGCAAAGAGCAGUCCGAUUUCGGAUGGGACUGGGGUCCAGCGUUUGCGCCUGCCGGUCCAUGGAGAGAUGCGUACCUAGUGCAAUUCGAAAACGAGGAAAGUAUAUAUGUUCUCAACACUGAUAUAGAUGUUUUCCGCAAGGGACAGAUCAAUCACCUCGCCCCGGAUCAAACCCAGCCUUGGGUGGUCAAUGCGAGUAUUGACUUCCUCGGAUCGCUCCCGAAAAAGUCCUCGAUGACCCUUGAAAUCAAAGACGUCGAGUCUGGAAAGGUUCUCAAAUCAGGCCCUCUUGAGAACAUUUCAAUUUGGGGACAAUCAAUCAGUGGAAGCAUCACGGUUGAUGCUGAUGCGCCAAACCUGUGGUGGCCAACGGGUCUCGGCAAGCAAAACCUGUACUACGCCACGAUCGCCAUCGAGAACAGCAAGCGGCAUGCAUUAGCAAAGGUUACCAAGCGUACCGGCUUCCGGACCAUAUUCCUUAAUCGACUCAACAUUACCGAUGAGCAACUUUCUCAGGGAAUUGCCCCGGGCGCGAACUGGCAUUUUGAAGUCAAUGGACAAGAAUUCUACGCCAAGGGAUCAAACUUCAUUCCUCCUGAUGCAUUCUGGCCGCGAGUCACCGAAGAAAGGAUGCAGCGGCUAUUCGAUGCAGUGGUGGCCGGUAAUCAGAACAUGCUACGCGUGUGGGCCUCGGGUGCUUACCUGCCUGACUUCAUCUAUGAUAUUGCGGACGAGCAAGGAGUCCUACUCUGGAGUGAGUUCCAAUUCAGUGAUGCACUCUAUCCAUCCGAUGAAAAAUUCCUCGAGAACGUCGCCGCUGAAGUCACAUACAAUGUGAGACGGCUAAACCACCAUCCAUCGUUGGCCCUUUGGGCUGGUGGGAACGAAAUUGAAAGCCUGGAAUUACCUACGGUUCAGGGAGCAGCGCCUGAUAAAUACGCAUUCUACGUUGGCGAGUACGAAAAGCUGUUUAUCAGCUUGAUCCUACCUCUGGUGUAUGAAAACUCGCGAUCAAUUUCCUACAUGCCUAGCAGCACAAACAAUGGCUUCCUCUACGUCAAUCUCUCUGCACCUGUCCCGAUGGCCGAACGUUACGAUAAUACAACAAGCGGCCAUUACUACUCAGACACCGAUCACUACAACUAUGACAGCAGCGUUGCUUUUGACUUUGGAAGCUACCCAGUCGGAAGAUUUGCCAACGAAUUCGGCUACCACAGCAUGCCGAGUCUACAAACCUGGCAGCAGGCCCUGGACCCGGAAGAUCUUCAUUUCAAUAGCAGCACCGUUGUCCUGCGCAACCAUCAUUUUCCUCCCGGAAAUACCGACACUCAUAACUUCAAGAAUUCUUCCAUGGGUAUGGGCGAGAUGACGAUGGCCGUCGAGCGCUAUUAUCCCAUCCCUCACAAAAAAGACUCGGUUGAGCAAUUCAGCGCCUGGUGUCAUGCUACCCAGUUGUUCCAGGCCGACAUGUACAAGUCUGAGAUUAUAUUCUACCGCCGAGGAAGUGGUAUGCCGGAGCGCCAGCUUGGAUCUCUUUACUGGCAAUUGGAAGAUAUCUGGCAGGCGCCCACUUGGGCGGGUAUUGAGUAUGACGGUCGCUGGAAGGUUCUCCACUACGUCGCCCGGGAUAUUUACAAGCCAGUCAUUGUAUCUCCUUUCUGGAACUAUACCACUGGAGAUCUGUCGGUUUACGUAACGUCCGACCUAUGGGAAACUGCUCGUGGAACUGUCAACUUCACCUGGGUCGACAUGUCAGGAAAACCAAUCCGGGGUAAUGCUGGGACACCCCAAAGCAAGCAGUUCACCGUUGGAGGUCUUAAUACGACCAAGAUCUAUGAGACAAAUACCGCAAAGCUGGCUAUCCCCGAUGAGACGGAUGCCGUCCUUGUGCUAUCGUUGACUGCUCAUGGUCGCAUGCCCAACUCACAAUCUGUCUCUACCUUCGCGCACCGCGACAAAGCGACUAUUGUGUUCCCGAAUAAACUAUCUCUGGUAGAUCCAAAGAUUCAACUCUCCCACGACUCAUCUGAGAACACUUUCACGGUGGAAGCCAAGGGGGGUGUUUCCCUCUACACUUGGCUAGACUAUCCUGCCGGUGUUGUUGGAUACUUUGAUGACAAUGCCUUUACUCUUGUUCCCGGAGAGAAGAAGACAGUUCGCUUUACUGUCCAGAAAGAUGAUACGGGCGGAAAGUGGGCUCAAGGUGUCACGGUCCGUGGCCUGUGGGACCAAACAACAGAUUGA